UAAUCUUCAUCCUUCAUCAGCCAUGGUUUUUCUUGUAUCAGAUUUUCCAUAAAAAAUUUUGUGUUAUUAUGUUGCAUUCUUUGUGCCUGUUUCUCUUGCCGCAAUCACAAUUCACACGAAAAAGACAUGGUUUAUACAUGGCUUCAUCAGCUGUGUCUUUCGCCUGCUUUUUACUUCAAUUGCAGAGUUUGAUGCAUAAAACAGACCUUUCAUCUGCCUAAUAUAAACGUCUAAAUCACCAAAGGGCCAAUGUCUAAUAUCUGAUGAGGCUCAUCGAUGUUGGUUUGGUUUCAGAAAAAGAAAUAUUAUAAGAAAACAGUGAAGAUCAAGCUGUGAUACAGUGACAUGCCAGAAAGAUUCAAUAUUCCUUGUAACAGGUUUGAGAGACAAGAAAGACAGAGAUUCCAAAAGACAAAAAGUCCUCGAUGGUUAGCUUAGAAAUUGCAGGAAACCAAAGAUGCAUACUUUCUGCUUGUUGUAAUGCUGUAAAUUUGAUGUAGGAAACCUCUAUAUUGACACCAAUUGAACAUUGUCUUUAUCGAUGAGUCUGCUUUCUUAUGCUCAAUCCAGCAUCUUCUUUGAUUUCAGCCGGCUUCAUUUCUUCUCAGGUUAUAUAGUUUUCUCUUUCUGCCGCUUUACUUGCAGAGAAGAUCAAUGGAGGGUUCAUCAAGAUUGAAACAGAUAAGAAGUGGGUAUGAGCCUUCUGACACAGAGAACGAGGGGCACGAAAGUCCUCUGCAAGCACUGGCUUAUCAAGUGCCAAAAAUGGAGACGGAUUUACCAAGAAUCAACAUCACCACCACCACUUGUUCUUUCAGAAGCAACCGGAGACUUGCUUCCAAGAUUGAGAACGAAAAUGGGUCUGGUUCUUCUCCCAAAGUUAGUCCUCUGGUGAGGAGACACAGCAGCAAGUCACCUUACAAGAGAAAAAAUGGCAGUCCCUUCUCAACAUCUGACCGUCGAAGACAUGUUUCUGCUUAUAAAUUAUGGAGAGAGGAGCUUUGUUCAAGUAAUAAGACGGUUGAGGAUAAUGAAAUUGUGGCUGCCAAUAGGAAGCAAAGCCUACGAACACCAACCAGAGAUGAAAAGGGAGAAAGCUACUCACAGUUUCCUGAGGUUUCAGCUUAUAGUCGUAGAGCAAGGACUGCACCACGACUAAGACCUAGAGAAAAAGACCAACAAAACAAUCAGGAGGAGAAAAGAGAUCAGGAAGUGUUAUCACCAUUGUCAGGGAACAUGAUCAGGCAACAAAGAGAGAAAUCAGUCGGUGAACUCAAUGAAAUGAUUGCUCUUAAGCUUUCUGAAAGUCCUAAAAAUAGAGCUCUAAAUUUUGAGAGCUCUGAAUCAAUUUCGCCUGGCAAUAUAUUCUUUUCCCGGGAAGCAUUUGCUAAGAAUGGUGACAAUCAGGUUCUAGUGCGGCACGAUUUAUAUCCAAGGCCAACAAUAUAUUCAUCCGGAGAUCCUUUGUUUCAUGAGCAUGGUGGAAGAAAUGGUAGCAUUGAUCAUAACCCCCAAAAAGCUUCAGCAAGUUCCAGAUUUUCUCGGGUAACCAUGGCAACCAACUCUGCUGUUAACAGACAGAGUAGUGGUAAGCUUAGCUUGGAAACUAGUAAGAUGAGUGAUGCAAGCGGUAAAUCAACUGGAAGCUCAAAAAGGUUCGUGGCUAACAGGCUGAAGAGCCAAUCUGAUGCAUGGUUUUCUUGUAUGAGGAAGGGAACUUGCAGGAACUCAAGAACCAGAUCACCACCUCAUGAGAACCGAGCGUUUGAUGAAGCUUCCUUCAUUGAGAAGGCAUUUGUAAUUGAAAACCUGAGACAAUUUUGGGCUGAUAAGCAUCAACCCAGCUCGUUGAAUGGAUUCAGUUGCCACAAACAUGAAGCUCAGCUGCUCAAACAACUUGUUUCUGAAGACAACUAUCCCCAUAUCUUGUUCAAGGGACCAUCUGGUUCUGGGAAAAGAGCACUAGCGAUGACUAUGCUAGGAGAAAUUUAUGGUGAUUCAUUUUGGAAUUUAUCUCAUGAUUUAAGAUGCUUCCCAGUUCUGGAAAAUAGGCCUAUGCAAGUGUUCGUCCCUGUAGCAUCCAGUGCUCACCAUGUAGAGCUCAAUGUUAACUUGGAACAAAAUGCUAAAUAUGCUCUGAUGGGUUUGGUCAAGGAAAUGAGAAAUAACUAUGAAACCAUCCCUGAAGUCAGCAGUAUAAAUUUCAAGACUGAUUAUAAAGCAAUACUUCUUUAUGAAGUUGACCAAGCUGGAGAGAGUAUCCAGUACUUGAUAAAAUGGAUUAUGGACUGUUACUCAGAUGCUUUUAAACUCAUACUUUGCUGCAAAGAUGAUAUAGACAUUAUAGAAUCAGUGAAGAACCGCUGCAAAGUUGUCAGUGUCGACACGCCUUCGAAACAUGAAGUUGUGGAGACUCUCAUUCAGAUAGCAAAGAAAGAGAACUUCCAACUAUCCAUGAGCUUUGCUGCUAAGAUUGCUACCAAAUCAAAACACAACCUGAGAAUAGCAAUAAUGGCUCUUGAAGCAUGCAAAGCACAGAAUUAUCCUUUUGCUGAUGACCAACCAAUUGCACUUGGAUGGGAAGAGGCCUUGAUAGAAUUGAGUGCAGAAAUUUUGGCUGAUCCAUCACCUAACAGAUUAUUGUUGGUGCGGGAAAAGAUUCAAAAGCUUCUUGUUGAUUUUGUUCACCCCAAGCUAAUUCUUCUGAAGCUUGUAGAAGAGUUCCUUAAAGGUGUCGAGGGUAGUUUAAAAAGGGAAAUAUAUUAUUGGCAUGCUUAUUAUGAUAAGAGGCUUCCAACAGGAACAGGUGCUUUACUGAAAUUACAAGAAUUUAUAGCCAAAUUCAUGAGUGUAUACAGAAGGGCUUCAGCUAAUCGUCAAUAUAUGUGAUUUACAUGGGACCUGAGCCAAGGUUGCAAGAGGAUCUUGUAUGCGAGAGGGGCGCGCAAGUUCUUCGCUUUCGAAUCUUUUAGGCGAUGAAUAAUUAUUUGAACCCUUAUACCAAAGAUGAAGACAGUUCAGCCUGCAAAUAU